GUUAGUUAAAAGCAUAUGAGUUUCUUUUCAAACAAUGUUCUGCAUUGGAUAUGUGAUUUGCUAUAUUAUCUGUUAGCAGGCUGUCCGUUGGGCUUUCAUCUUCACAGACGGUCCUGCUACUGGUUCUCAAACGUGAAAAGUUCAUUUCCAGAGGCAGCUGCCUACUGUCGUUACUUGGAGAGCCACCUUGUGGUUAUAUCAAGCGCAGAUGAAGAUUCGUUUAUCAGAGGUUACGCUAUCCGUCGUGGUAAAGCUCCCUUCUACCGGCUUGGUGCUACUGAUCUGAACAUAGAGGGAAGGUGGCUGUGGGAAGGACAACGUCGUAUGGGGUACACACACUGGUCUCCUGGACAGCCUGAUAAUAAUGGAGGUACCGAACACUGCCUGGAGAUUAGAAGGGACUUCGGAAACUAUCUCUGGAAUGAUUUUGUAUGUGAUCAUCCAUCGCAUUUUAUUUGUGAAAAGGAACUUUAAUGUGUUUCUUUUCCGCGAAUCACAUACAAACGGACAGCAUGUACCGCUGUACCAAAUAAAGCUUCAGAUUAGCA